GUAGUGUGAAUACAAAAGUUUUGUCUUUCUGGACUUACGAGAAUUUGAUGUAUUCAUACGUAUUUACGUAUUUGAUCAGAAAGCGGAAUGUUUUUAUUUAUUACACAACUUGAAAUCGUGGAAGUUAGACAUUCUUGAGUUAAUACACAGAUAUAUUUAAUGAUACAAGUAUAAGUUAUUAAUAUUUUUUAACAGGUCAGUUAGAAUUGGAAGAAUAAAUUGUGUGCGGCACAAAGUUUUUUCCGUAUAACUGAUAGUUAGUAUCAUUACGAGUCAUCAUAUCGAAACCGUAAGUUAUUGGCCGACAAUAGACGAGGUCGUCGAUUGAAAUUCAACUGCGUACGUGUGUCAUCGUUGGAAGUCCGGGAAUGAAACUUCCGGAUAUUCUUAACGUUGGAAACAAGGUGGCGGUGGAAGGGAAGGAGGAAGAGGGGAAGGACCUUGCAGAGUUCUAAGGAACUCUCGAUAUGGCCAGCAGAUUCGGGAAGGGUGCUGAUACCCCAAGCCGUGCGCGAGGCCAGGAAGACGACUAUGAUCCCAUAGCGCAUCGUGACAUGGAUCAACCAAUGAUCUCAGAUUUUGUUGCAUUGAUGCAUCUGUUUAAAGGGUCGAUUGGUAACGGGAUACUCUUUUUACCGAACGGAUUCAAGAGAUGUGGUUUAGUGAUACCACUCAUAUCUGGCUUCGUUAUAGGCUUGCUGUGUAUACACACGGUCACUACGUUGGUAAGUAUAUACUCCACUUUAAGGCAAAAAGUUAACGAAGAGAGUGAAAGUAUUGUAGGGAAACUUUUAUGGCGAUCGAACGAUUACGUAAG